CUGUAAUUUAUGUUUCUGGUAAGAUAAUAAAAUAACAAUUAAUAAUGGCGGGGAGGGAGGGAGGUCCACGGAAUGUAGAAAAAGAGCUGUGAUGGAGACAGCCAUUGGAGCUCUUUAGUAGGGGAGAAGUAGGAGAAACGUAUUAGCCAGUAGAGAGAGAGAGUGAGGUAGAGAGAGAGAGAGAGUGAGAGAUAGACAGCAGGGGAGAAGGGAGAGACGUAGCUUUACUAGGUUUGCAGAGUGGUUGCAUCAAGACGGAAACUUUGGAUGUUUUAGGUUCUCGUUUUGGGGAAGUAGUGUUUUGGGUUUAAGGCAGAGAGUUUUUGGAGAUGAGGGUACUUUCUUGAUUGUUCUGUUUGUUCUACGUCAUGCAUGGGGUUUCUGGGUAUUGCAUUGAGUCAUGUUUUCUGUGUAAUGGGGUUGCUGAAGGCGUCAUAUGUUCAUCUGGGUAAAGGAAUUUUUGUUGAUUUGAGCGUUUCAGAGCUUUCAACUGUGUGUGUGUUCUUAUUCAUUUCUUGUCUCUGAUGAGUUUGGUUUGUUGACGGUUUUGGAAUCCGAUGAUUUCUUGUAUUUGCUUUCUAACUGUUUGAUGAAUUGUCUAGACCAGGAAAAACAAAUUCUUUGAUUCUUUCUGGGUUGGGGGUGGGACAUUGAUUGAUCAUUCAUUCAUUCUUCCUGUUGUUGAUCCAAAUUCUUUCAUUCUAUUUGUUAAAUACAUACACAUCUAUAGGUGUUUAGUUGAUUCUUUAUUAUAGGCUUCCUUUGGUUUUUCUCAUCGGAUUCCUGUUUUUUUUUUUUUUUUUCUUUAGGUUGAUAGAUAGAUCCAUACACUCACAUUACUUGAGUUUCCUUUCUGAAAAUACCCUCUUUGUGGAUUUCAAACAUUCAGAGCUUACAUUACAUGUGCAUUUAGUAAAGGAGACCUUGAGGUUCAUAGUUAAGAAAUUUUUUAGCAGAGGUGGGAAGAGAGGGUGAGAGAAGAAAGGGAGAGGUUGAACAAAAUAGGGAGUGUGAGGGGAGAAAAAACCAAAAAAGAAGAGCAGAAUUGGAAGGAUAUAGAGGAUGUUGGCUGGUUGUUCUAGUUCCACAUUGUUGUCACCUAGGACUAGAUUGAGAAGCGAGUCAGCAGCAGCAGCAGCACAGUUUCCAGCUUGUCAUUUCCAGUUACCAUCAAUGAGCACACAUAGAUUGGACUUGCCAUGUUCAUUCUCUCGGAAAGAGUCCACAAGAUCACAGCACAUUAGGCCCGUUGGUGUCGUCGGCCUUUCAGUUGACAACAAGCCACUCGAAUCCAAGACCAGCACUUGUUCUCUCAGGCAGAACAUCCGGCUCCCUCCAUUGGCAAUAGCAACAGCUGAUCAGUCAGAUUUCAAGGAUGAGUUUUGGGACAGGGGAGGUAACAACAUUUCGAAGAGGAAGAAGAGGUUUGCAGCAGAUGACGACGAGUCUUGCAACAUCAGGGCCAAGAGGAAGAAAGGUGAGUCUACUGAUGUUCCUGAAGGGGGUGGUGAUGGUGUGAGAUUAGGCCAGUUUGGUGGUGCAAAUUUCUGGUUUCAACCAGGUUUUCUUCACGUCCCUAGAGGCACAAACGACCCAUCACAACUUCCUUUCUCCUUGACAUGUUCAGGGGAAGAUGAAAGGGUUUGCUAUGUCCCUAGUGAAUUGAUUACACCGCCUCUGCCACCAUUGUCCAACAACAACCCAUGGGUUGACUCGGUUAUAACUGAGAUUACUGACGUAGGGGAGAACUAUGGAGAGAGCAGCCGGAUCCCAGUGAAAGAAGCUUCUUCAGGCUCAAGUCCUUCAUCAGAAAGUCAAAGCUUGGGGCACAGGUCAUUAAGUGAGAAUGUUGAGGAGCAUGAAGUGGGCAAUGGCUCAAGCAAUCCUCACCAUGCCCAACCAGGAGCAACUGCCGAUGCUGCAGCGGAGGACGAUCAGCAAGGAGAAUAUCGGGGUUUCGAGUUAGUCAGCUUGCUCACAUCUUGUGUUGAAGCAAUCGGGGCAAAGAACAUUGCAGGGGUAAACCAUUUCAUUUCCAAGUUGGGGGAGCUUGCUUCUCCAAGGGGGAAUUCGAUCAGCAGGCUGAGUGCUUACUACACUGAGGCUCUGUCCCUCAGGGUUACAAGGAUUUGGCCACACAUAUUCCAUCUCAACAUUCCACGUGACCUUGAACGGGUUGAAGAUGAUUCAGGCACUGGAUUAAGGCUUCUGAAUCAGGUGAGCCCAAUCCCAAAAUUCGUUCACUUCACUGCCAAUGAGAUAUUGUUGAAGGCAUUCGAAGGGAAAGACAGGGUUCAUAUCAUUGACUUCGACAUCAAGCAAGGUCUUCAGUGGCCUAGCUUGUUUCAGAGCUUGGCAUCUAGAGGUAACCGACCGAGCCACGUUAGACUCACCGGAGUUGGAGAAUCGAAGAUGGAGCUUAACGAGACUGGUGACAGGCUAGCUGGAUUUGCGGAGGCGCUGAACUUGCCAUUCGAGUUCCAUCCUGUUGUUGAUAGGUUGGAAGAUGUGAGGCUAUGGAUGCUUCAUGUAAAAGAAGGAGAAACUGUUGCAGUGAAUUGUCUCUUCCAGAUGCACAAGACACUGUACGACACUAGUGGAGUAGCAAUGAGGGAUUUCCUGGGAUUGCUCAAGAGCACAAACCCGGUAACGGUGGUGAUGGCAGAGCAGGAAGCAGAGCAUAACGGCCUCAGCUUGGAAUCCAGAGUAUGUAAUUCAUUGAAGUACUACUCUGCAGUAUUUGACUCCAUUGAUUCUGGCCUACCAUUGGAGAGUCCAGUGAGGAUGAAGGUGGAGGAAAUGUUUGCAAAGGAGAUCAGGAAUAUAGUUGCUUGUGAAGGGAUUGACAGACUUGAGAGACAUGAGAAGUUUGGGAAAUGGAGGAGCUUAAUGGAGCAUGGCGGAUUUCGGUGUAACGGGAUCAGUGAGAGGGAGUUUCUUCAGGGGCAGAUGUUGUUGAAGAUGUAUCCCUCUGGGAGCUAUGGAGUUCUGAAGCAGCAGCAAGGGCAGGAAGACGGCAGCGUGGCAGCACUCACUCUUACUUGGUUGGAAGAGCCGCUCUACACAGUCUCAGCAUGGACACCUGUGGACAACAUUGCAGGAAGCUCGUCCUCGUUUUCUCAACCUUAAGUUUGGAUCUUUUCUUUCAUACCAUACAGAAAAGGGACACAGAAGAAUUCUUUGUAGGUAGCCAAAAACAAGUCAGUGAUUGUUAUUACUAUUCGUUCAUUCUUUUCGUUUGCAAAUAUAUAGCUUUUGUCAGUCUGAGAUAGUGGCAUUGAGAACAUUUGUUUGUAGGAAAUACAGAUAGUUUUAUCAUACUGGUUUCAGAGUCCUAGAGUCAGGCGUCUAUAAGAAUAGGAAGGUCAAAUUCAAAUGUAUUCGUUCAUUCUUUGUUAUGUACUGAAGAAACAGAUAGAUACUUGCAGUUCUGGUCAUCAUUCAUUUACAUGAGUUCAUUCAAAUUCUGUGAAAUAUGAAAUAAAAAUUCAGCAUUCUU